GAAAGCAACAAUGGCGGAAUCAGUGAAGGCAUUCGGAUUGGCAGCCAGGGACGCGUCGGGAACGCUCUCGCCUUUCAAUUUCUCGCGACGCGCCACCGGCGAUCGGGACGUGCAGUUGAAGGUGCUCUACUGCGGAAUCUGCCAUUCCGAUCUGCACGCGAUCAAAAACGAUUGGGGAUUCACGCGCUACCCGCUCGUCCCCGGCCACGAGAUCGUCGGCGUCGUGACGGAGGUCGGUUCGAAGGUGCAGAAGUUCAGCGCCGGCGACAAGGUCGGCGUAGGUUGCUUGGUGAACUCCUGCCGGAAAUGCGACAACUGCGCCAACGACCUCGAGAAUUACUGUCCCCAAAUGGUGUUCACGUACGCCUCCGUCCUCCCGGACGGCGCCGUCACUCAGGGCGGUUACUCCGACGUCAUGGUGGCGGAUGAGCAUUUCAUUAUCCGGUGGCCGGAGAAUUUUCCGAUGGACGGAGGCGCCCCCCUCCUCUGCGCCGGGAUUACAGCCUACAGCCCGCUGAAGCACUACGGGCUCGACAAGCCCGGCCUGCACAUUGGCGUGGUCGGGCUGGGCGGGCUGGGCCACGUGGCGGUUAAAUUCGCGAAGGCCUUUGGGGUGAAGGUAACCGUCAUUAGCACUUCUGUAGGGAAGAAGAAGGAGGCGGUGGAAGAGCUCGGCGCCGACUGUUUUUUGCUCAGCCGCGACGCGGCGGCGCUGCAGGCGGCGGCGGGGAGUCUGGACGGGAUUAUUGACACAGUGUCGGCGGCGCACCCGAUUCCGCCGCUGCUGAACUUGCUGAAGAGGGACGGGCAGAUGGUGAUGGUGGGGGUGCCGAGCAAGCCGUUGGAGAUCCCGGCGUUCUCGCUGCUGAUGGGGCGGCGGAAGAUGGGUGGUAGUAUGAUCGGCGGGAUGAAGGAGACGCAGGAGAUGAUGGAUUUCGCGGCGGAGCACGGGAUUGUGGCGGACGUGGAGGUUAUAGGGAUGGAUUAUGUGAACACGGCGAUGGAGCGCCUGGUGAGAGGGGAUGUGAAGUACCGAUUUGUGAUCGAUAUUCAGAACCGCCAUUGAUGGAGGAGCUGUGAGCUUUCUUGUGUGAAGAUCUGUUUGUUUGUUCUUUUAUAUUGUGGAAUAAAAUAACACUCUGUUUUUGAAAGGAAAAUUGUAGAAUUGAAGCAGAUUUCUCCAAUAUCUGUGUGCAAUAAUACAUUCGAUUUGUCA